AUGGAAUCGCAGGAUCCCGGGCCGCCUCAACCGGAGCGGACGCCGGAGGCCGAACUCGCGCAGGAGCCGGCUCAGAACGAUGUGGAGCACGAAAGUGGCAACACUGUUGGCGACGGUGCGGCGGAUGCGACCGCGGAUCCGCCAACGGCGGUCGCCAAGCCGGAUGAAGAGGGUGCGGUGGCCGGUAAGCCAGUCGAACCGGAGACCUCCACCGCCGUCAACACCAACGCAGACAGCUCGAGCGCCGACGUGCCCCGCGUACCGGCGCUGGAGUACGACGUUGCGAAAAUGAGCAUCAGCAUCGCAAGUCGUGGUGUGGGCGCCAGACACCCGAAACGUGUCGUCAAGGCCAGUCCGGAGCAGAAUGGCACGGAGGCCAUCCCCCUGGGUGACAUCCCGCGCGCGAGUGCCGUGGAGCACAUACCGCAUGCCGUCAACGGCAGCGCUGCACUGGGCAAGAUGGACGUCAUCCAGCCAAGCAGCACCACGAGGGUCACCUUCGCAGGCAGCGCCGACAUGGGCUCCUCCGAGAAAGUCGCGGAACCGGUCAAGAUCAACGCGCCCCUCUACCCCGCGUUCGAGUUCUUCAAAACCGAGGUGCAGGGGGGCAAGGAGGGCGCCAUGGAGGCGCUGAUGCACGUCGACAUCGUGACGCAGCAGCUGGGGCCGGAGCUCUGCGGGACCCUGCUGGUGCCGUUCCUCGCAGAGGCGCAGCACGGAAUGCCCAUCCAGUUGAUGAAGAUGGCGAUGGACGUCUGGUGCACGCUCUCCAAGAUCAGCUUCGCCGAGGCGUACGUCGACGCCAUCGUGCAGGGCGUCUCGUCGCUCAUAUCGCAGGAGGACCCGGACAUACGGAACAGGGCCGUCGAGCUGAUCGUGAACAUCGUGAACGACGUGCGCUCCAGCGACGCGGGGUACGACGUCAUGGCCUCCUCCGUCAUGCCGCUGCUCAAGAGGCUCUCCGAAAGCGAGUGGUUCGCGGACGCCGUUUCCGCCUGCAAGCUCAUACCGCUGCUCUACUUGGACGCCUCGGAGCAGCAUCAGGAGGUGCUCCGGCAGUGCUACAAGCAGCUCUGGGAAAACAGCAUGCUGAUAGUGAAGCUCGAGGUGGCGCGUAACCUGGAGACCAUGCUCGCGAUCAUGCACAUGGACCACGCAGUGUCCAUGUUCUGGCUCGUGCUCAAAAACAUGUCCAUCGACCACCAGGACGAGGUGCGAGCGCACUGCGUCGGGGCGUGCCUCGCAUUCGCCAAGCGCUGCACGCCGGAGCAGAACGCCUCGCUGAGCUACCCGGUGGUACAGGCGGCCGCCUCCGACAGCUCGUGGCGGGUGCGCAAGGCGCUGGCCGUCCGGUUCGACAAGAUCCACGAGGUCUUCGGCGAGGCGGAAAUGGCCGCGCACUUCAUGAGUACGCACGUCGCGCUGCUCACAGACGACUACGACAUCGUCAAGGAGGCGGCCGUCGAGUCGUUCCUCAGGUGGUGCCGCAGGCUCUCACCGCCCAUGGCGCAGCAGUACAUCGCCUUCUUCGAGUCGCACCUGGGCGACUACGACAGCAAGAACAGGCAGUUAAUAUGCAGGAUAUUCGCAAUUUUCGCCGCGCAAAUGACGCGGGGGAACGUGCACGAACGCCUGUCGCCAGUGCUGCGGAGGCUACUGCGGGACGACUGCAUGGACGUCAGGCUAAGCGCGAUCGAGCACAUAGAAGCACUCUGCAACGGGCGGGAGUUCGAAAGCGGCAUCGGCGCCAGCAUCACGGAAACCGUCGAGCAGGUGCUGCAGUCGACACGCUGGCGGCACCGGGCGAUACUCGCGGAGAUGAUCAACUCGUUCUACCACCACUUCGGACGCACCGUCUUCGAGCGCUACUUCCUCCGCAUGCUCUUCCAGCUGCUGAUGGACCCCGUCUGGAAGGUCAGGGUCACCGUCGUCGAGAGCAUCGAGGCCUUGUGCGCCGACUGCAAGGUGCCCUGGGUCGCGGACACCAUCCUGACGGAGAUCAUCAAGAUGUACGUAGAGCCGCGCAGCUCGUGCUACGUGAAGCCCGAGGACGUGCCGCUGUCGUACGCCCUCAAGAUCGUCAUUAUACAGGCGCUGGUGGCGGUCACCAAGUCGCUGGACCUGCAGACCACGCUGGCACGCGUGCUGCCCAUCAUAUUCAACGCCACGAAGGAUCCCACUGCAAACGUCAGGUUCGUCGCAGUCAAGGGGCUGCGCAGCCUCUUCAUCAUCUACCAGGGGAAGACCGUCGAGGCGUUCGUACGCGCCCGAGCGCUGCUCUGCAAGCUGCUGCAGGACCCCGAUAUCGACGUGAAGUACUACGCGCACAUGGCGAUCAACACAUACGACGCCUGCUUCCCCAGCCUCCUGCAGCGCGACUCAUUUUAA